AUGUAUGGUACAGAGCGUUACGGUACAACGACAGCUGAAGAUAUGGCGGAGUCGCUGUUCGAUGACUUCACAGGUCGGAUCAAGAAGAUGCUUCCAUCUGAAACACAAGAUUUGAUCGCAAUGUUCAUAUUGUUCAUCAUGUUGCCGUUGGGUUUUGUAUUCGAAAUAUUCGUCAUUCUACCGCGUUGCUAUGAUAUCUUCUCCGAAAGUUGGAUUUGGCGAGUGUGCAUUCUAUCGUAUUUGGGAAUUAACGCUUUCACAAACAUCUAUAAGAUGAUCGUUGUCGGGCCGAAUGGUCGUUGUUCGGAGCUGCCGGCCUUAAUCAAACCGGGAUAUCAUUAUUGCCAUAACUGUCAACUCAAUGAACCGCCACGAUCACAUCAUUGUCCAACUUGUGACAAAUGUGCAUUGCGUCGUGAUCACCAUUGUUCAUUUGCGGCCGUCUGCGUUGGACACUUCAAUCAGAGAUGGAAUUGGUCAUUUAUGUGGUCAGCAUUGGGCGGUUUUACGGUGAUGCAGCUUUGGCAGUUGGUAGUGCCGCAUAUUGCUCUACUGGCUCGUGUAAUCACAUUCUCGCAGUUCCUUUGCGUUAUGGUAUUCGUAUUCGCAUUGACUGUGUCUCUGUUCCUGACCUACCUCAUUGGAGCGCAAUUGUUUUGUUUGUAUCGAGGACAGACACGAGUCGAAUAUCUUAUGGAUGUGCACGCAUAUCAGCUCGGAUUCAUGGAGAACGUAAGACAAGCACUUGGCCGUCAUUGGCCAUUGAUAUUCCUAACAGCAUUCAUCAGUUCACCACUCCCAUCUGAUGGCCUCUCGUUCAUGACGAGGGAGACGAAACCGAUCGCUGAAAAUACGAAAACUUUGUAA